GCCAGAGAUCACGAGGCGAAUUCCUAAAAUCCUACCGUUCUUCUCGUUCUUCCACCGCAUUUCCGUGGAUUUUCCUAAGCUUUACGUCGGACAUUAUGAGAUUUUUUUUGUCUCUUUUCUUCACCGGAAUUCUCUUGUUUUGCAUCUCGUCUUCCUCUGUUUUGGAUCCUUUCACUCCUCUCCGAUGGAAGCCAUUGCAGCAGCACAAAGCUUCAAAAUCAGAGUAAUACCAGCGAUUAUGAUUCCCUUGCACCACGAGACGAGCUUGAAUCGGCUCUGUGGCGAACAAGACGGUGAUAAUCGCCGUCGUAAACAAGGUGUACGCCGAUCAAGAAACCACAGCCGUUGCUACUAUGCUGGACGUGUUUCUCGACAGUUUCUGGCUCGGAGAAGGCACUCGGCCUUCGGUAAAUCACCUCAUCCUCGUUGCCGUCGAUCAGACGGCAUACGAUCGGUGCCGGUUCCUUCAUCUGAACUGCUUCCGGUCGAUUUCGCGGAGGAUUUCAUCAAGAUGACUUAGUUUCUCUUGGUUGAAAGUCCUCAAACGAGGAUGCAACGUCAUCUUCGCGGUACGUUCUCUUUUUUCGAGUAUAAUUUUAUUUGUCUCCUUUUAAAAUAAUAGAGACUACGUAAUAUAAUAAUUUAGAAAUAUAUCAUUAACCUCUUUAAUAUUAGAGGAUGAACUUUUUGUUUGAUGGUUUUUGGUAGGUUUUAGUGCCACGACUCUACCGCUUCUUCUAAUCUUACAACAAAACAAAUCAUAUUCAUUUAAGACAACAACCUUCCUAAAAUCAGCGAUUAUCGAAGAAACACGUUCACAAAUAAUAAAGAGAACCAACAAAAUAUCCAUAAAAUCCGGGACGGAUACAUUUCCUAAAACACAUAAAAUAAAAGAAGAAAUUUCUUCUGCCUUUUCUCUUUUUCCUCACCGAUAAAAAACGAUACAACAGAUUCAGCUAAAAAAAACAAAAACAAAUGAUAUUUUUUCACACAGCCAAAU